AUGAAAGACGACGACGAGGAUGAGGACGAAGACGAGGACGAGGUCGAAGAGUCCGAGUCCGAGUCUGCCUCUUCCGAGGAGUCCUCGAUCGCUGUGUCCUCUGUGUCCAGUGAGCACGACUUCAACCUGUCUCCGUCCGUUGCUUCAAUUGUGGCCUCUCCAGCCGCUAAGAAGCGCAAGAAGGCGAAGACGCCACCUGCAAAGAAAGAGAAGGUAAACAAGAAAACGGACAAGGAACCAGAUGAGGAUGCCGAGAUGGGAACGAGCAGUCCGGAAAAGAAGCGUGCGCCGAAAAAAGAACAAAAGGCACCUCCGAAACAGAAAGAAGAUCCGUUUGCAAAGUACUAGGACUAGCUAUCCUUUUUUUUGCUUUAGUUUAUAGCACUCUUUUGGUUGAGAAAGAUGCUGUUCUUCUAUCAUACUUGGUGUUGAUUGAGGAGAACUCACAGACACGAUAUUUAUAAGAUUGACCUCAAUCUACUUAAGGUUUGAGCCGACCGCCCGCCAGAAUCCGCCUCUAAAGGAGAAGCUAAACAAGCUGAAACGCGAGAGCGGCACUGCGAAAACUUCGUAAUUUGGACCUAGGACUAGAUGCUUAGGAUUAGGGAUCAAGAUCAAGAACUACAUCUGUAGCGUAUUUCUAAGACGAUGAAGAUUACAAAAAUAAUCAAUCGUACAGCUUUGAUUUUACAGUAGUUGUGGGCUUUUUUCCGUAGUAAUCUUAACUGUACCUUUCACUUUCAGCAUCGACUCCAAGAACGAAUCGAUGAAUUCGGUGGGUGAGAAAAAGAAUCAGCAGAAAGAGACAUCCACUUCUCAGGAUGAGGUCGCGGAAGAGCUGCCUGAAGAGCAAGUGCCCGAAGAUGACGAGGACGUGGCAAUGGAGGUGUUGUCUUAGAUACUUGUUUGACGAUGUUAAUGUCAGUAAGCGGCUUCUACAUCUCUACAAUUCGACUUUCUAUUCUUCCAAAACUAUAGCAUUGCUUGACUUUUCAUCAGCAGCAAUCAAAAACAAAAAAUGUCUUUCGAACAGGUUGAUCUUGAUGGAGAUGCUGGUGAGGCUAACGAGGAGGAAGCUGUGACG